AUGGAGCCCCUCGGCACGGAGCCGGCCGGCAUUUUCGUGCACAAAGACUUCAUAUCCGAGGAACAUGAAGACGCCAUCUUGCGGAUAUUUCGCAACCAGCUCGACUGGCCGGAUCGCAAGGGCCGGCGCUCGCUACACUACGGGUACACGUUCAGCUACAAGACCUUUGCCAUUGACCAGGACGUGCCGUACGAGCCCUUCCCGGACUGGCUGACACCUCUCCUCCCGACGAGCGAGGGCCGGCCGCCGGACCAAGUGUGCGUGCAGCACUACCCGCCCGGCGCGGGCAUCCCGCCGCACGUCGACACGCACAGCGCGUUUGACCAGCUGUACUCGCUGUCGCUGGGCUCCCCCGUGCUGAUGCAGUUCUGCCACGGCGGGACCAAGCAGAAGACGGACGUCGACCUGGCGCCGCGGACCAUGAUGCAGAUGAGCGGCGCGUCGCGGCUGCACUGGACGCACGGCAUCCGCGCGCGCAAGACGGACAGGCUGGACGGCGGCGACGACGAGACGGUCCGCCCGCGACGCGACCGCUGGAGCAUCACGUACCGCUGGCUGCGCGACGGCGCCGUGUGCGAGUGCGGCGACGAGAGGCUGUGCGACACGGCGCAGCGCCGGAUGGGCGUGGAGCGCGAGUAUCGCUGGAAAGAGGCCGAAGCAAACCGGACUGGUAGGCAGGAUACGUGA